CUGAGAGAAGUGCAGACAAGUUCUUGCGCUUCGUGGUCUAUAACCGGAGCCUGAAGCACUUGUCCGUAGGAGCCACCUUCCUGACUGCGCGGCGGAGCCGGUCUCUCGCCUACCUCGUUCAAAGGCACGUGACCCUUCAGAGUCUUCAGGUGGUUUGGUUGACCUUACAGUGACCAAAUGCUUUCUCGGAGAGGCGUUUGCUACGGCCGCUGCAAGCAAACUGCUCACUGACUACCGGCUACGUAAGCUCAACGUGGAAGACAACGAUUUCCCCAUGAACGCAGUGCACGACAUGGUAGAGGCUCUGGAGGUAAACAAGACAUUGCAGACACUAGCCUUUGAUAUAACAAGCACACAAUCAGAGGAUGAGGUCUCCAACCUGUUCGACCUGGUCCAGAAGAUCGACGUCUUCUCUCGCCUGAGAUUCAACUGGAUCAAUCCUCGUGGAUCGGAUUUCGCUAAGGGCGUGAUGUCUUCUCAAGUGAGUUCCACAACACGGAACUUUGACGACCACGGAGCUGCAGACGCGAUGGAGUUUCUGGACGCCCUUGCCUCCACUCGCAACAUAUCCGUUGCGUGGCUCGAGUGUGUCAAGAGCGCGCAACCCGUGGUUACCAAGCUGAUCGACACAGUCGCCAGGACCAAGUACCUGAGGCAGCAGCUGCAGAAGCUGCGGCCUUGA